UUCCUGACGUCUCUGGCAAAAUGGAUUUCUCCAAGUUCCUGGCGGAUGACUUCGACGUCAAGGACUGGGUGAAUGGGGCUUUCAAAGUGGCCCAGAAGGAUGCCCCAGGGAAGGCAGACGCACAUGCGGCCACACUGGUGAUGAAACUGCAGCUCUUCAUCCAAGAAGUGAACAAUUCCAUCGAAGAGAGUAGUAUUCAGGCUGUCCAGAACAUGCCACGUGUGCUACGCGACGUGGAGGCUCUGAAACAGGAGGCUUCGUUUUUGAAGGAGCAGAUGGUCCUGGUCAAGGAGGACAUCAAGAAGUUUGAACAAGAUACAGUGCAAUCUAUGCAGGUCCUAGUGGAAAUUGACCAGGUGAAGUCUCGGAUUCAGCUAGCAGCAGAGGCCUUGCAAGAAGCAGACAAGUGGAGCACGCUCAGUGCAGACAUUGAGGAGACAUUCAAGACUCAGGAUGUGGCUCUGAUCUCUAGCAAACUUGCAGCGAUGCAGGGCAGCCUGACAAUGCUGGUUGACACACCUGACUACAGUGACAAGUGUGUCCAGUUGGAGGCUCUGAAGAAUCGUCUGGAAGCACUGGCCAGCACUCAAAUCGUGGCCACCUUCAACUCCCAGUCCAUAGACCAAGCCAAACUGUUUGUCAAAGUCUUCAGUGAGAUGGACAGAAUGCCACAGCUGUUAGCAUAUUAUUACAAGUGUCAUAAGGUGCAGUUGCUGUCGGUGUGGGAGAAUUUGUGUCAGAGUGAAGCUUCUCUGAAGCAGCAGCUCUCAGAGUUCUAUGAUACCCUGCUAUCUACAUGGCACUCCCAGCUGCAGUGGAGCAGUCAGGUCUUCAAGAAUCCGUAUGAGGUUGUGACCGUGCUGAUGAUCCAGACUCUCAGUGCCAUGGUGCCCUCCAUCCCAGAGUGCAUAGCGGUGGAGUUGAAGCGUUGCCCUGGAGAGGACCGCCUAGACAUGCUGCUCGAGCUCCACCAGACCGCGGCCAACUUCAGCCGCAGCCUGGAGACCGCCAUGCUGCCUCAUCUGUCGGACUGUAACCUAUUGAAGGUGGGUGAGCUGGUUUCUUGUGUGUAUGCGCCAUACAAGGACUACCAGCUACAGUACGGAGAGCUGGAAGAGACCAAUCUCCUCAUUCAGCUCAGCGCUGUACCACUGGAGAGAGGUGAGGUGCUGGACUGUGUUCUGGAGCUCACACACUCGGUGCAGAAGGUGUUUGGCUUGGCCGCGGCGGCCUCUGACCGCUGUGUGAAGCUCACCGACGGCCUGGGCGUGUGUGGUCUCAUUCGGGCCCUGCGAGCCCUUUUCAGCAAGUAUGUGUCUGAUUUCUCGGUCACUCUGCAGUCUAUCAGAAAGAAGUACAAGCUGGAGGAUGCCGCCGCCUCCGAAGUAUUCAGUGAAGACUGGACAGCCUUCCAGAACUCUGUCAGAAUCAUUGCCACAUGUGGUGAACUGCUGAGGCAGUGUGGAGCCUUUGAACAGCAACUUUCCAAUAAGAUCCUGGCGAGGGCGGGGCGCUUCCUGUUUGAGGGCUACAGCCCACGCAGCCUCACCGGCCUGCAGGAGGGCGUGUCCGAACGGAGGGGGCAGAAGAACCCCUGGCAGGAGUACAACUACCUCCAGCAGGGCAACAUGGCCGAGUACAACAACCUGCUGGAGACGCUCUACUCCCUCAAGGAGAAAGGCACCGGAAACUCCAGCCUGCUGGCUGAGACACGUGCAUCUCUCACACGCUUGAACCAGCAGGCUAAUCAACUGGCCUUCGACUCCGUCUUCGUACAAAUCAAACAGCAGCUCUGCCUCGCUAACAAACCAGAGGUGACACAAGAGGACCCUGCCCUAGAGCUAGCACUGCACACAGGGAAACUACCCUAUCCACCUGAGCAGGGCGAUGACGUCCCAGAGCUGGAGAACACUGCUGAUUACUGGCUGGGCUCCAUCGCCAGGGCAACCAUGCAGACUUACUGUGAUGUCAUUCUUCAAAUCCAGGAGCUCACUCCUCACACGACCAAACAGCUGGCCACAGACAUUGAUUACCUAAGCAACGUGAUGGAUGCCUUGGGCCUGCAAACUUCCAGAAAUCUCCAGAACAUCGUGGCUCUUCUGCGCGCCAAGCCGGACGCGUUCCGUCAGACGGCCAAGCCGCUGCCCCGCCGGCUCACCUCCACCAUCGCCGCCAUGAGGGGCAUCGAGUAACGGAGCCGCCGGACGGACUACCGGCCAGCGAUGGAAGGGUCCGGGGUCAAAGGUUAAGGGGUCAGAGGAGGAAUGGUACACAGACCAGACGGAUGUCUCUCGCUCGUUCUCUCUCUCUCUCUCUCUCUUCCCAGUCAUGUCACUCAAGAGAUGCGUCCCUGUCUCGAUCGAAUGUCUGCUGAACACUACAAACUGAAACUCCCAGUGUGGCGCCGUACUUCUCUCUCUCGGGCCUGCUGACUCCAGUCUUUGAUAAUCAUGUCUAACUAGAUGUUUCUUCAUUUGUUUCAUGACACUUUUUUUGUAUUACUUACAUAUGCGGUUUAAAACAACAAAAAAAAAAUCUAAUUCUCUGUUGGUGGAACAAAAAAUUUAAUUUUAACCUUCUUUUGCUUGUAUGUUUAAAAACAAAUAAAUUUGUCCUCUUUCCUGA